AAAAACUCAAAAUGCUCAGGUGAGAUAAAGUACGGUAUUGUUUCAAAACAGAGAAUCUGGAGAAUUAAUGAACAGCCCCUGCAUAAAGUGGAUUAUGGGUACAAAGAUAUUCGUAAUAACACAUAACAGCUGAAGGUAUGGAAGAUGAUGAAUUUAACUUCCACAGAGUUGUAAGGAGUGAGAAAAAUGUUGCACAACCUGCUCUUAAAGAGCUAUUUGAAACUCUUUGGGACAAGAAAUACCCUGAUACACCAUGGGCAGAAGAUGUAGCAAGUGUGAAAUGGUUUGAAGAAAAAGAGGAUGAACUCUUUAAAAGUAGCUUAGACGGCUUAUCUAAAAAAGAAAAGGGAGGAAAAAAGGACAAAAGAAAUCGAAUGCAGAAGACUUUCCGAGAUGAUGAUUGGAAAAACUAUGAAUGGGAUAUCAGCAAAUUUUCAUACGCUUUAAUAGAUUCAAAACUCUUUGGAUUAGAUCUAGCAGACAAAGCUGGUAUAUCAAUUAGUGAACAUAUUGUCAAAAUAAAAAACAACCGAAAUAGGAUAGCUCAUUUCAGAGCACCUGCCUGUGAAACUACUUACUUUGAAGAUACUUUAAAGUUAAUAGGUGACUUCAUAAAUGCAUUAGAACUGGUACAAAUAAAUCCAUCUCCAUACCUUGAAGAGUUACGGAGAAUAAGACUGCAGGAAAAGCCUGUUUCUAGUCAGACACUGUAUGAAUUGAGAACACAAUUUGAAAAUGUAAAAUUUUCAGAAAAGCUGUAUAUUGAAAGGGAUCACCGAUACUUGCUGCUGGAAAAAUAUCUUGCAGAGAAAGAUCAUCAUCAUAAAGAACUUCAAAUUCUUAAAGCAGAAAUUGAAUCACAGAAACAGAAAACAGAUGAUCAAAAAUGUAAAUAUUCAGCUAUAAUUACAAAACUGAAAUCAAAAAGUGAAUCACAGGCACAAAAGUUGAGAAAUCAGAAAAGCAGAAUUAAAAGAUUAGAAGCAGAAAAUGCAUUACACAAAAAAAUUAUAGACCUUAAGACAAGUCAUUCUGCAGAAAUUGAAAGGUUUAAAUUAGAAAUUGAAAAGCUGACCGAGAUUAAAGAAGAUCCUGAAGGCAAAUACCCUGCAGAAAAAGUAUUACACCAGUACGUCACAGAUGACCAGAAAUGUCACAACUCUUCCUCUGAAAGAGCUAACAAAGCAAAGGUGUUACACAAACAGAUAACAAUGACAGAUGAUCAGAAGUGUGACUAUCCUUUUCAGUCUGAGAUAUCUAGCGCAGAACAUGUAUUACAAGAACAAAUAACACUAACCGAUGAUCAGAAAUGUAACACUCCUAUUGAAUCUGGGAGAUCGAAAUCAGAAAAUGAAUUAAACAAACAGACAACAGGUGCUCUUGAAAGCAAAUAUUCUUCACAACUUCUGCGGUCUAAAUCAGAAAAUGCAUUACACAACCAAAUGACAGAUGAUCUCAAAUGCAAAUAUCAUUUUGAUUCUGAGAGAUCUAAAUCAGAAAAUGAAUUACACAAACAGAUAACAGAUGACCUGAAAGGCGAAUAUUCUCCAGAACUCGAGAAAUCUAAGUCAGACAAUGAAUUACCAAACCAAAUGACCGAUGACCAAAAAGGCAACUAUUUUCAGGAACAUGAAAUUUCAAUGUGAAAACCUGAGUAAACAUCUGAAAAAAAUGUAGAUCUCAGUGACAUAGAUUUAACAGGUUAACAGUAAUAUUACAAAUCCAUUUCAUAGCAAAACUGAGGAGAUGAAAUAUGUAGAGUUUUUAAAAAAAAAGUAUUUGUUUUAAUCUUUCAUGUGGAAUAUAUAGUCAAAUCUGGUCAUGAUUUUUUUCCAUCUUAUUUUAUAUUAAUCAACUACAGAUAUCUUGAUUUGUUUAUUUCAAUUUUUUUGAUAUCUUGACUAAAUUUUCAAUCCCCAAUCUCAAAAUUUACUCUAUUCUGACAUUGGUUGUUUCGAGUGGACAUUAAUCGUCUGCCAAACGAUGUGCGAAAAAUGAUACAAUAAGAUGCAGCCAUCAAAUGGAGAUGAAAAUUUAGUUGGUCUAAACUUAUGAGCGCGUUUCACAUCAUGUGCAUUUAACAAAUAACAAGAUGGCAAAAAGAGGUAAUAAGAAACCAGGAAGUAGGUUCAACAAAGGUACGAAACAAACAGCAAAAGACUUUAUUAAUGAUUGAUUUCAGAAAGUAAUGACGAAUCAAUAUGUAAAACAUGUUUAUACAAAUAUACACAUUUUUUCUAAAUAAACCUGUUUCUAUUAACACAAAACUUCUUUAUCCCAUCUACUGACCAAAGUUGACCUUACUUCGGAUAUCUCAUUUUUUGAUAUGUCAACAUUUUUUCCUUGGUCAUGACAAAGUUAAGAUAUCGAGGUUUGAUUGUACAUAUUCUUCUAUAGUUAUGCAUGUGUUGUAAAGUUGGAUUUUUACAACAUAAUGUUACAUAAUACAUAGUUUCAGUAUUGCAUAAUAUCAUCUAACAGUCUAAUAUUUUAUCUUAAAUGUUUGUACUUACAAAGAGUAUGGUAUUUUAAGAUUUGAAAGCAUAGAUAUUUAGGUAGUCUAUUAAAGACUGCUGAUUUACCUAGACAGAUCAUUCAGUUCAGUAUAUUCAUUUGAUACUUUAUUAUUGCUUAUGUACUUCAUAGUCAUCAGUACUUUCAGUUUAUCUUUACUGCAACAAACUGCAUUUAAUAUCAUUACAUAUUUUCAUUUUGUAUUUACAUCAGCCUUUUUUAGUAAGACCAGUUAUGAAAGAACUUUGAGCUAUUUUUAGAUUAAAGAAAAAGAGCUUACAUAAACACUGUCAAGGUCAUAGCUGAUAUGUAAGAUAAAUGUUGAAUGGCUUAUCAGAAAAAUGCUGACCAAUCAGAAUGUACUUUACAUCCUUCAUGGUUGACUGCAUUCUGGAAGAGUUUACCUCAGUAGAAUUUUAGAGCCAUUUCUUCACUCUGGAAUUUUUGGACUGACAACAUCUUAAAAACUCUCUUAGGGUUUAGUAAUUAAUAAUUAAUUAAUUUUGUAUUUAUUUUUUGGCUAGUUAUUUGACCUAAGAGUUUUACUAAAUUCAUUGUAACUUUUCUCUAAAUUAGUAAGUAAUUUUCUUUAAGUAAGUAACUUUAAUUCUAUUGUUUUAACAGCAAUAAUUUCAGAUUUUCAUCUUUAAAUACUUCAGUAAAUAUUGAUAAUUUAUAUUGCUGUUAUUUUAGGCACAGAGUCAUAUAAGUACAGAGUCACAAAAAUACAUUUAAAUACUUUAAUAAUAACAUUUAUUUAGAUUAUUAUUUACUUUUUGGCAGAACUUAAAACGUUACUCUUUUUAUUCAUUAAGCUGAUUUGUCAUCUUUAUCAGUAUUUUUGGCAUUUUUCUAACUUGUAUAUUUAGAUCACUUUGUAAAAUAUUAGUUUUGAAAGAUAAGUAAAAAUUUGGUUGGUUUUUAAAUUUA